AUGGGUGAAGAAAUUUGCAAUGAACAUCAACGACGUAUAGUUGAUUUAAAAUUACGUGAUGUUCUUGUUAAAGAACAACAAAAACGUCUGAAAAAUUUUAUCAACACUAUUCAAUCAACAGUAAUUAAUAAUAGUGAUAUUGAAAUUAAUACGGAAGAUGAAUUGAAAAAUCUAUCAGGAUAUUUUCAAUUAAAAUCAAAAGAAGAAUAUAGUAUUGUUGGUCAAUUUAAUACUGUUUAUAGUCGAUUAUAUUUGGCACAACAACAACAACAACCACCACCACCACCACAACAAAAACAUCGAAAAUCAAUAAAAAUCUUUUGCCGUAUAGUACAUACUGAUCGUAUGUCUGAAUCAUUUCGACAAUAUUGGUUAAAAGAAAGUUUAUUAAUAAUGCGUUUUAUUCGCUAUCAACAACAACAACAACAACAAACACAAUUAAAUGUACAUCGUUUAUUACAAAUUGUACAUCAAAAGGAUGAUAAUCGUUAUUAUUUAUUUAUGGAUCGUAUAUCAUUAUCAACAAGUCUUUUACAUAUUUUAUGGAAUAAUAAUAUUGGUAAUAAUACGACAACAAUAUUAUUAACAAAUUAUAAUAUAAAACAAUGGUUAUUACAAUUAUGUCAAAUAAUUGAAUCAUUAAAUCAAUGUGGUAUUGCACAUCGUUUUAUACGGCCAGAAAAUAUUCUGAUUAAUGUUAGUGGCGGUAAUAAUAAUAAUAAUAAUAAUGUUAAUCAUCGAUUAAUGAUAACUGGAUUUGAUAUGGCUUGUUUUUUUCAUUCAUUUGAUCAAGAUCAACAACCAAUACUACAAUCAAAACGUUGUUUACCAAAUGAUUUAAUUGAAGAUUAUCUUUUAGAUCAUUUACCACCAGAAUGUUUUCAUGAUAAUUAUGAUGCAAGUAUGGUUGAUGUAUGGAGUAUUGGUACAAUAAUAUGUUUGCUUAUUAUUAAAAAUAAUCCAUUUAGUUUAACAUUUGAUAAUGAUAAAUAUGAUGAUGAUUAUAAUCAUUUAAAUAUAUGGCAUUCAUGUUGGGAACGACGUACAAUACCGGAAGAAUGGCGUACAUUAUUGGAUGAUAUUUUCCAAGAAUCAAAUUGUCGUAUGACUGUAUUUGAUUUAAAAUCGGAUCAUCGUUUAUUACCACAAACAACAGCUACUGAUCAAGCAACAACAACAGGGUUAAAAUCAAAACGACCAUAUUAUCGUAUUGAUUUGAAAAAAAAUCUAAAUACAAAUGAAAAAGAAUUGAAAAAAACUGGUGCUGUUUUGUCGAAAAUUCAGCUAGCAUAUCCGGAAUUUUCAUCCGCCGUACGAACAAUAUUUACAACACAACCAUAUCAACAGAUUGAAAAUGAACAACAUUUAUUUGAACAAAAACAUUUUCGUAUUGAACGUAAUGAAUCAUUUACGGAUGAAUUUAAUUCAUCAUUUAUAAAUGAUUAUUAUAUGAGAUCACGUUAUUGUUUGGACGUUAACAAUCAGAAUAAAAAUCAUUUAGAGAAUUUUGAACAAUGGAAAAUUGGUUUGGUAAAAAUUUUCCCAAUAAAUUAUAUACCAAAUCGUCAUAAAAAUAUACUUAUUAAUGAAAGUGGUAAAAUAAUGAAAUAUUUAAGUAGACAAAUAAUGAAACAACGAAGAAAAUCAUUAAUAUCGAUUGUAUCGAAUCAUAUACAUCGAUUAAUCGAAAUAUUUCGUACAACAAUUGAACAAACAAAUCAUUUGCUGUUGUUUUAUGAAUCAUUAUCAUCAUCUACCGGUGAUAAUAAUGCAAGUGGUAGUUGUAAUUAUAGUUCAUUAGCAAAAAUAUUUUCAUCCAUUGAUUGUCGAUCAAUAUGGCCAUCAAUCGUUCAAUUGAAACAAUUAUUAUCACAAUUAUUGGAUGUUAUUGAUUAUUUAUCACGUAAUGCAAUAUCACAUCGUUAUAUACGUCCAGAAUAUAUUUAUGUUGAUAAUCACUAUACAAAUUUAAAGCUUGGUCAUUUUGAAAUGGCAUGUUUUAUUUGGAAUCCAUUAGAUCGACGGCCAACAUUAAGACAUCGUGGUUUACAGGAUGAACGUGAACAUCUUUGGAAUCAUCUACCACCGGAAUGUUUUAAUAUAAAAUAUGAUAGUUAUUUGGUUGAUAUAUGGAGUUUUGGUACUGUUUUACUUUAUUGUUUAAUACAACAAAAUCCAUUUACCGUACCACAUAAUAAUCAACAAGCUGAAUUAUCAUGGACAACAUUUAAAUUACAGGAAAAAGAUCCAACAUCAAUGCAAAUACCAUCAACAUUUUUACCAAUAUUAAAUUCAAUAUUUCAAUCAAGUGAUUUACGGGUAAAAAUUUCCGAUCUAAAACGUCGUUUUAAUAAUCUAAAUCUUAUGAUUGUUAAUAAUGAACUAAAGAAAAAAUCAUCAUCAUUAUCAACAUCAUCAUUAUCGACAGCUGAAACAUCAAUGAAUUCAUCGAAUAUUUCAAAAUUAAGUCGUAUUAGUAGAUGGAAACCAAGUCAAAUUGCUAAUAAUGAAUAUGAUGAUGAUGGUGGUGGUGGUGGUGGUGGAUCAUCAUCAAUAUUAGCAUGUAUAACAAGUUUAGAAGUAAUGGAUAGUAAUGCAUUAGUACCAAGUUCAAGUGUUCAGAUAACAAAAUCAAUGAAAUCUGGAUCUGUACAUCAUCAACAUCAGCAACAACCACAUUCAGGUAAAAUUCAAAAUCAAUUGAAUUUAAAAAAACAACAAUCGCAACACUAG